AGGGGAAGUGAGUCAGUGUCCGCGGACCCGGCCGGCUAAGGCCCGCGCCCGCCGAGGCCCCAAGAGGCCUCGGCCAGGCGGCGGGGGUGGCUGCGGCCAUGGCCGGGGGGCCGGGCCCCGGGGAGCCUGUGGUUCCUGGCGCCCAGCACUUCUUGUACGAGGUGCCACCCUGGGUUAUGUGCCGCUUCUACAAAGUGAUGGACGCCCUGGAGCCCGCCGACUGGUGCCAGUUCGCGGCCUUGAUCGUGCGCGACCAGACAGAGCUGCGGCUGUGCGAGCGGUCCGAGCAGCGCACUGCCAGUGUCCUGUGGCCCUGGAUCAACCGCAACGCACGCGUGGCUGACCUCGUUCACAUCCUCACGCACCUGCAGCUGCUGCGUGCGCGGGACAUCAUCACAGCCUGGCACCCUCCUGCCCCUGUUGUGCCCCCAAGCACCGCUGCCCCAAGGCCCAGCAGCAUCUCUGCAGGCUCUGAGGCCGAGGACUGGAGCUCCCGGAAAUUGCAGUCCUCUGCCUCCACCUUCCUCUCCCCAGCUUUUCCAGGCUCCCAGACCCAUUCUGAGUCAGAGCUCCUCCAGGUUCCACUCCCUGCUUUUCUCGGGCCACCACUACCAUCUUUAGCCCCUUCCUCCACCAAGCAGCCAAGCCCAGAGAGCCCAGUGUCUGGCCUCCAAAAAGCCCAUGCCUCCCCAUUUUGCUGGCCCUUCUGUGAGAUUUCCCAAGGCACCUGCAACUUCUCUGAAGAACUCAGAAUUGGAGAGGGGGGUUUUGGGUGUGUGUACCGAGCUGUCAUGAGAAAUACUACAUAUGCUGUGAAGAGACUGAAAGAGGAGGCUGACCUAGAGUGGACUGUGGUGAAACAGAGCUUCCUAACAGAGGUGAAACAGCUAUCAAGGUUUCGUCACCCAAAUAUCGUGGAUUUUGCUGGCUACUGUGCAGAGAGUGGCUUCUACUGCCUUGUUUAUGGCUUCUUGCCCAAUGGCUCCUUGGAGGAUCAACUCCACCUUCAGACCCAGGCCUGCUCCCCCCUUUCCUGGCCUCAACGACUGGACAUUCUUCUUGGCACAGCCCGGGCUAUUCAAUUUUUACAUCAGGACAGCCCCAGCCUUAUCCAUGGAGACAUCAAGAGUUCUAAUGUGCUUCUGGAUGAGAGACUGAUGCCCAAGCUGGGAGACUUUGGCCUGGCUCGUUUCAGCCGCUUUGCAGGGGCCAACCCAAGCCAGAGUAGUACUGUGGCCCGGACUUGCACAGUUCGAGGUACCCUCGCCUACCUGCCUGAGGAGUACAUCAAGACAGGCCGGCUGGCUGUGGACACGGAUACCUUCAGCUUUGGGGUGGUAAUACUAGAGACCCUUGCUGGUCAGAGGGCUGUGAGGACACAAGGUGCAAAGACCAAGUAUCUGAAAGACCUGAUUGAAGAUGAGGCUGAAGAGGCCGGAGUGGCCCUGAAAAGCACCCAGCCUACUCUGUGUGUGGGUGUAGCCACAGAUGCUUGGGCUGCUCCAAUUGCUGCCCAGAUCUAUAAGAAGCACCUGGACUCCAGACCUGGACCCUGCCCACCCCAGUUGGGCCUGGCCCUGGCUCAACUAGCUUGCUGCUGCAUGCAUCGUCGGGCCAAGAAGAGGCCCCCCAUGACCCAGGUAGCCCUGAGGAGGCAAAACUCCCAACAUUCCUUGCUUGCCUUUUGGCUCUGUUUGGGGAGGUGCUCUGUGGAACUAUGUGGUAAAGGGCUGCUGCUUUGCUGGAUGGGACUCAGAUCCCAGGAACAGGUAUACAAGAGACUAGAAGGGCUUCAGGCAGGGCCUCCCUGGGAGCUAGAGGUUGCCGGCCAUGGCUCCCCUUCCCCACAGGAGAACUCCUACAUGUCCACCACUGGCAGUGCCCAGAGUGGGGAUGAACCAUGGCAGCCUCUGGUAGUGACCACAAGAACCCCAGCCCAGGCUGCCCAGCAACUCCAAAGAAGUCCCAACCAGCCAGUGGAGAGUGAUGAGAGUGUUCCUGGUCUCUCUGCUACCCUGCAUUCCUGGCACUUGACUCCAGGUUCCCACCCAAGCCCGGUGUCCUUCAGAGAGGCUAGCUGUACCCAGGGAGGCACUACCAGGGAAUCAAGUUUGAGGAGUAGCCCAGGCUUCCAGCCUACAACCAUGGAAGGCUCAUCCACAGGCAGUUCAUCCCUGCUGUCAUCAGAGCCACCACAGAUCAUCAUCAACCCAGCCCGACAGAAGAUGGUACAAAAGCUGGCCCUGUAUGAGGAGGGGGUCUUGGAUAGCCUGCAACUGCUGUCAUCAGACUUUUUCCCAGGCUUGGAUUUAGAACCUGAAAAGAAACAGGGACCUGAAGAAAGUGAUGAAUUUCAAAGCUGAUUUGUUUACCCAGACAAAUCCCUCAGACUCAGAUGUCAAAGUUCUCAUGGUUGGAAGUUCUCAUGGUGUGAAAACUCCUCAGUAGCCCAAAGGCAUCAGGUGUGGGGACCCACCCUGACAAAGGAGAAAGGGUGGUGGACCCUGCUGUUCUCAGAAUGUGAGCACAGACAGGGCUAGCUGAAGAACCUGAUAGAAGCUGAUAAGGCAGGCAAGUGUCUGGCCAGCAUUUGUGAGCAAGGCAAGCAGAGCACCUAAAGGAUUGGGUAGUACACAACAAAAGACUGCUAGCUAUACAAGGCCCAGAAGACACAAGUGGGUCUGUUUGUAUGGUGGGAGCUGGCUCCCCUGAGAGCUAGACCAGAUAUCUGCAGCCUAACUAUGAGUCUAUUCCUCUGAACUUCCCUAGAACCCCAAGAGAAAGUAGCUAUUGUGCUUGUAAAUUGCAAAAAAAAAAAAAAAGUGUCUUACAGUUCAUCCACUAGCUAAAAGUGAGCACUCUGAGAUUCUCCCAAGAGUUCAGUAAAACCCCCUCCACAUCUUGGGUGGGUAUAUGCAAGCCUUGCCAGAUACCAGUAAGCUAGUUUCAUAUGACUACUGCCUGCAAGGCAGGCUGUCUCUAUACCCUGCAAAUUGACUGUGGAUACCCAGGUUGAGCUGUAAACCAAGGUUCUGCUUAUGGCAGAAAGGUCCAGCAAAGCCAAGCUUUGUGGCACCCAGACAAUGAGAAGCCCCAAGAAAGCAGAAACUGAGAGCAAAGCUAAGUAUUUGAGGAGGGAGGAAUGUUACAUUUUAAGAAACAAGUUUUUGUGUAACCAAAGGUCUUCACAAGUAAUCCAGGGUUAUAGCCCCAGCUUACUUGUGUCCGAGUCAUGAGUCACACUACAUGCCCCUGUGAAAUUGGUGACUUCCGAUUUGUCCUUGAGUAAUAAAAGCAUACAUUUCACUGCUUGGUUAAA